UUGACCCAUAGCCUCGCCAUUCUCCAAGGACCCUGAUUGGAGGCUCCUCUCCCAGGAAACAUUUCCUAACUGUGCCACCCUCCACCUUUCCUCUGGCACUUGAAUUUCCGGCAAUUAGGGUGCCUCGGAAGGUCUGCAGCAUGUCUGUGCUUGUAACCUGGAAUGUCUACUGGGAAGGUCUGCAGCUGUGGAGGAGCAGGUGCAUCCCUCUCUGGCACCUGCCCAGGCCCGAGCAGCUCAUUCAGUGUGUCUUGGGAAUCGGACUCAUAGUCAAACUGCAAAUUCUACUGGAGAUUCUCACAUGCCCACAGGGGUGAAUAGCACUGACAUAUAUUGUGAACUUUUUAAAGCCCAGGACUAUGAAUUAUACAUUUUCUAUGCACAUUCACACUUGUAUAGAUUUUUGUUCAGUCAAAUCUUGUUGAAUUUUUUAAAAUUUUGCAUAAAGAUUUUUGUGCAGAUCACAACGUGUGGAUUUCUGAGAGCACUUUGCUUAAACUAUAGAUCAGAGACUGGCAAGUUACAGCCUCUAGCCAACCGAGCCUGGUCAGGCAUGUUCAGUAUGUAACUGUCGAUGCUUCCGAGCUACACGAAGGCAGGUUUGAGGAGCUGUGACAGAGACCAUGUGGCCUGCAAAGCCGAAAAUAUUUACGGUCUGGUCCUUUACAGAAGGUGGUUGCUGAUGCCUGCUCGAAAUAGCUAUUUUUAUGUAAAAGAGUGUGCCGUGCACUGUGUCUGCACGAGACGGAAUGCGGUUGACUAAACCGUCUGGCUCUCUGAGAAUAUCUGUUUUAACCGUGGUGCGUUUUGUUUUCUUUUCGUAGAGUGACUUCCACUUUCCCGCUCCCUCUGCCUGGGAGCCGAAGGGGCUGAGCCGUCCACUCCUUCUUCUAUAUCCAGCCUGCAUUUUGGUUUUGCCCACAAUGUGGGGGGAAUCAGUGAAUGUCAGCGAUGCUUUCUACUCCACUGAAGAUUAUUUUUUUGGUUCAGCCAAUACUACAUAUUACUACUUACCUGAUCCUGAAAACUUGGUGUGCUCCUUGCAGGAGGUCAGGGAGUUCUCCAGGCUAUUUGUACCAAUUGCCUACUCCUUGAUCUGUGUCUUUGGCCUCCUGGGGAAUAUUCUGGUGGUGAUCACCUUUGCUUUCUAUAAGAAGGCUAGGUCUAUGACAGACGUCUAUCUCUUGAACAUGGCCAUUGCAGACAUUCUCUUUGUUCUUACUCUCCCGUUCUGGGCAGUGAACCACGCCACUGGUGCGUGGGUUUUCAGCAAUGCCCUGUGCAAGUUGAUGAAAGGCAUCUAUGCCAUCAACUUCAACUGCGGGAUGCUGCUCUUGACUUGCAUCAGCGUGGACCGGUACAUGGCCAUUGUACAGGCAGCUAAGUCCUUCCGGCUCCGAUCCAGAACGCUGGCGCGCAGCAAACUCAUCUGCCUCGCUGUGUGGGGAGUGUCCGUCAUCAUCUCCAGCUCAGCUUUUAUUUUCAACCAGAAAUACAACAUCCAAGGCAGGGAUGCCUGUGAGCCCAACUACCAGCCUGUGUCGGAGCCCAUCAGGUGGAAGCUGCUGAUGUUGGGGCUUGAGCUACUCUUCGGUUUCUUCAUCCCUUUGGUGUUCAUGGUAUUUUGUUACACGUUCAUUGUCAAAACAUUGGUGCAAGCGCAGAAUUCUAAAAGACACAAAGCCAUCCGUGUGGUCAUAGCCGUGGUGCUUGUGUUUCUGGCUUGUCAGAUUCCUCAUAACAUGGUCCUGCUUGUGACGGUCGCAAAUUUGGGUAAAAUGAACCGGUCCUGCCAGCAUGAAAAGCUAAUGGGCUAUACGAAGACCAUCACUGAGGUCCUGGCUUUCCUGCACUGCUGCCUGAACCCGGUGCUCUAUGCUUUCAUUGGGCAGAAGUUCAGAAACUACUUUCUGAAGAUCAUGAAGGACCUGUGGUGUGUGAGAAGGAAGCACAAGUCCCCGGGCUUGCCCUGUGCCAGCAGGUACUCAGAAACCUUCAUCUCCCGGCAGACCAGCGAGACUGCAGAUAACGACAACGCGUCCUCCUUCACCAUGUGACGUGCUGAGUGACAGAAAGCCGAGUCUCCCUAAGGCAUUUGUGAAACAUACUCAUAGAUGUUAUACAGAAAAAAAAAAAAAAAAAAAAAAAGUCUGUGGCCAAAUUCACAUGGAAAACGUGGGAAUUAAGCAAAAUCAGGCAAGCGUCUCUCCCGGGGGGCUGAACGUGCUCACGGGCUGUGCGGUUGCUUCAGGGUGCGGGUGGUUUUUGGCUGGUAGCAUUUUUCAGCAUGCUUUGCAAGGAAUGUUUUGUAGCUCUGGAGUGUAUACAGGUCUGGCCUGGCGUUUCACUAACCAGCCUUUGGGAAGUGCGGAAUUGAAGCGAAUUGCUAGCCAAUGUAAA